AUGAAAGAAGAAAACCAUGCUUGUCCGGCUGUGGCCCAUGGUGGAGCAGCCACCUUGAAGCCCCUAGGUGGAAAGGGCAAUUUUGAAAAUCAUGGAAAAGCUAAGGACAAUCAAGAAACUCAACAAAAAGUGGCGGGUCAAAACUUUGGCAACAAGAUAGAUUUUGGGAAAUUUGACCAUAAAAAUCGUCUCUUAUACGGAAAGAAGUCAACAAUGGAAAAGGAAAAAAUAUUUGGGUGUGUUCAUUUGAUGCACAAGUCGGACCACAUUGCACCAGCAUUGGAGUUAGGUUCUGAUUGUCCAAGCAUUAAUAAUUGGGAAUAUGGUGUGUGGAUUGGGAGUCCUCAAAGUGUUAGAGAGCGUGGAAGAAAAUUUGUUACAUGGAUGGGAUUGAACCCAGAUAGGUUAGGAGGCAAUUCAGUAGAUGUGUAUGAUGAUGAAGAUCUCUCAAUCCGAGCAUCACUCUCUGCAGCUUGCUUCAAAUUUGCUGCAAACCUAUUUAACCUGUCUAGCAAGUUCUUUGUUAAGCCUCUUUCUGUAAUAGCUCCUCAGUCUGAACUAACAAUUCCUGGCGGUGGGGAUAAUGCAAUUAGUUUGGUUGCACCUCCAUUAAGAAUGCAUCUGCGAGGAAAACAUAUUUCUGAAUGUUUGCUCAAAAUUUUGGAGAUUGAAGAUGAUGCCUGA